CCUUUUGUAAAAUCGAUGCCGCGCAGUACUGGAAGUAUCGCUUUCCUGUCGCGAGCCGCUGUCGCUGCGGGUUUUGUAGUAGAUCGGCUAUACACUGUGACCGUAUCUUUUAUGUUAUUCGUGCAGCCAUUUCGUUUCGAAAGAUGUCCGGAGUGAGUUUAAUCGUGACGUUUUGAUACGUUUUCUAUAGUUUUUUGACGUUUAAGAAGACACCAUCGCUGUGGAUCUGUUACAAUGCAGCAACCAAUGAACCAGGCGGAACCCAUAGGGGGUCAACAAGCGAUGCAGCAGCAGAUGGUGUUGUGCCCUGUUCGAUUCGUGUACGAGACGCAAGUACUGGUCCAACCUGUUCCAGGAGAUCAGAUCCAGCCAAACCAGACCUUCUUCAUCAACCCACAGAAUCCACCACCAUGGAUGAACAGACCAGCACCGAACCCAGUGGUCUACGUCCAACAGCUGCCCAACAACGUGGUCCACCAGGUUCCACCACAAAUAGACCAGAACCAAUUAUACCUCCAACAAAACUUCGCCAACUUCCAACUCCAACAACACAUGUUGGCUCAGAAUCACCAGCAAAACAACCAAGGGAUGCAAUUAGCCAACAUUGUGCCAAACAUGGUGCAAACAGUCCAACCAAGUAUACAGCCAAAUGACAGGAACAUAACAGCGACACCAAACCCAGUACAGAUGCAGACAAACACACAGAUGAUACAAAAUCAGAUGAACGUACAAAGGCAAGUACAGAACCAGCCGCAAGCUGCUGACGUUCAGAGGCAAGUAUACAUGAACGUAAGACCACAGAUAAACCAGCAGAUGAACAUAGCCAGGCCCGUCAUGUCCUUAAACCAGAUACAAAACAUGCAAGCGAUGGCCAACAUGCAAAACUUACAAAUACAGCAAGCAAAUGCUGGACAAACAUUUGUACAAAAUAUUGGGCAAAGAAUGCCGCAAAAUGUGAAUCCUGUUAGACCACAGAUAAUGGGUAGCAAUAUGAUGAAUGUCCAGAACGUACAAACUAUACCAAAUGUACAACAAAAUGUUCAAAGUGUUCAGAAUGUUCAAAAUCUACAGAAUAUACAGAAUAUUACCAUGAAACCUCCGCAACCACCAUCAGAAGCGAACAAAGUAAUGAAUAAUGUCGGCACAGCACCGCCUGCAGUGAGAAACUUUGCUCAGAACUACAACUGCCGACCCAUACAACCGAGGCGAAGAUUCGAGAGUCCAAAUGUACCUAAAAUGCAACCACAACCAAAUAUACCAGUACAACAACAACCUCUACACAUACCGGUGCAAACACCGCCACCACCAACACAAUACAACCAGGAGAGAGUAAAUAGUCACACUGUAGUAACAAAUAUAGCGACGAAUACAAAUUUCUUAAAUAACCCGAAUGUUAGUAGGAAAAGAAAAAGCGAAUCUCCAGAUGAAAUAGAACACAAGAUGGCACCGCAACCGCCACCUAAACCGAUAUACAAGAACGUACAACAGGGUAUAACUAUCACUAAGAUAUGUAAUGAAAUAGGUACGAACACGAGUCCCCAGCACAGUAAAACGAAUGCAAAUAAUGUCAAACCGAAUAGUACUGUUGUCCAAAUGACACCCGCCCCACAGCUGAUGGUGGUAGAAGCACCAGAAACAUCAGAUGCUAACAAAAAAAUUAUAAAUGAUUCACGACCUGUGAUAGCUCCUGUUACAGAGAGCGAUAAAUUAAUUAGAAACACAGUGUUCACACAAGCACGAGGUAGAGUGUUACAAGACAAAAUAAACGAUGCUUUACCAACACAAAUUGUAGAGAAUAAAACGCCAGAAAGUGUUCAAAAUGCGACUGAUAUUAGGACUGAUAAUGAGGUACAGACUGAUAAAGAUGCGGUAAUGACUGAACCGCCAGUUGAUAAAGUUCAGCCUGAAAAAGCUGCAAGUAUACCAAUGACUGAAACACAAAAGGUUGAUGUAAAUAUUGUGACUGAUAAGAAAGUUAUUGAAGUCAAAAAUGAUGUUUCGAAAGAUGUUGUUAAGAGAGAAGAAGAAAAUAAGAGUCCUGAUAUACAGGACGGGAAAUUAGUGAUAGAUGAAUCAAAGGAUCAAGGUACUGAAGUAAAGGAUGAAAAUAUGGACAUUGCUGAAAGAUAUCCGCAAAAACAAGAUAUACUGACACAUGUAGUUGAUGGAUAUGUUAUUCAAGAAUCUAACUUCGCUUUUCCGAUCAGGAAACCGCUAAUAGAGAAGACACUACAUGCCAACCUGAAGGCGGAAUCUGAAGCAACAGACGCCCUGAAAGAAUGCAUGAAAGAAGAAAUGAAGAAUCCAGAAGUAGACGGUCAAUUACUGCCGUUUCACUAUCUUCUACUCCAUUGUGAGAAGAAGAAAGAAGAAGAAGAUAAAGAGGAUGUCAAGGAGACGAAUCCAUUUGCUGAUUUAGAGCAUACUACAGUGAAAUCUUGGACGGUGGAAGACCUCUCAAGUCACCUGAUGAAAUACGAUUGGAAAGACACAGUGUCGGUAUUUCAGGACCAUGAAAUAGAUGGAGAGUCCUUAUUCUUAGUGUCAAAGAACCAACUAGUUAGCAUAGGAGUCACAGAAGAAAAUGCAGACGUUAUCUGCGCAUUCGUCAGAAGCUGAUCAUCAGAUAAUCGGGAGGAAUCGAUCCUAAUCGAUUACGAUUGGGAAAUAAAAUCGAAUUUCAUCCGAGUACAUACUAACAAUCGUUCCUCUCACAAUCGAGUCAAUAAUCGUUCAUAUUACAAUAGAUAUUCUAGAAAAUCAAAGUUAAAACUGUCGAAAGUCGGUAAUCGAUCGUUUUAUAAUCGAUUUUUGAAAAAGAAGCAAUAUAUUAAUGCUUUUGUUAAACCAGGAUUUGAUUUAGUUUAUCCAAAGAAUACAAGGAAUUGUACGGCAGUUGAUAUAUUAAAUAAAGAUAUAGAUACUAAUAUUUAUGCUGAUGUACAUGUACAGAUUCCAAAUACAUUCAAUUAUAGACCUAAGCACAGUAUAAUAAGACACAAAAUAAAUAGUCAACAAGUAGCCACAAAGAAUACAGGUCAACAUAGUCUAAAUAUACACCAAGGAGAGAAUUUUGACAAAGACAUAGCAACAGCUGAGAGUAAUAUAGAAAAACUGAAAAAGGUAAUCGAACGUUUGGAAAGGAACGAUAUUAUUGUGACGGAGAUACACGACAAUGAAAACGGCAACGAAAACAAUGUUGAAGAAAUUGAUAAAACUAUCGAAAAAGACGCUCAUGAAGAAGAAAAAAUCGUUUUCAAAGAUGCCUAUGUUCAUCUAAAACGACUUUUACAUCAGAAUUAUGUUGUACAAGCAGAUGGUGGUAACAAUGAAUUUCAAGACGGACCAUCGACUGUAUAUGAAAAUAUACCAGCGUCCAAUAACAAUGAAACAGUACCUGAAAAUCAUGGAAAAGUAAUAAUAGAAAUAGAUACUGAAAAUGAUGAAGAGAGAACACUUAACAACAUCACCAUAAAAGAACACGAAAACGCAGGAGAAAAAAUUGUUUUCAAAGAAGCUUACGUUACCUUAAGACGUCUGUUAUUAGAUAAAUAUGCUACAAACGAUAAUGGAGAUGGUACAUUAAAUGUAAAUGACAAUAUAGAAACAAAUAACAACAUAAGAGUUUACAUAAAAACGAAUCAUACUACCAAUGACGUAAAUAAUAUUAAUAAUGAUACAGAAGCUAACGAUAUACCAGAAUUCCCAAAAAAUACUGAUACAGUUGACAGUGAAAAUGAUUUCUCCGUAGCUGUGAAGCAACAGUCUGAUGAUGUAGCACCAGGAACUAGUGAUGGACUUCAAGGAGUAGUGUAUGAGUCAAAGAAAGAGAGUGAAGGAGAACGAGAUAAGAAACAUGUUCUAACUCAUGUUAUUGAUGGAUUCAUUAUUCAGGAGUCGAGUCAUCCUUUCCCAAUCCAAAAACAUUUCCCAUUGAUGACCACUUCACAAGCACCAGAACAGACGAGCACCGAGCCUACUGCAAUGGAUGUAGAAGAAGAAAUCAUAAAUGACAACGAAAAUUUGAAUCCCUUCAGAAGACUACAGCAUUCUCUUGUCAAAACCUGGACGACCACAGACCUAUCGACCCACCUCCUCAAAUUUGGCUGGACAGACGCAGCAUCAAUUCUAUCAGACAAUGAGAUAGAUGGAGAGUCUCUCUUCAUGGUCUCCAAGAACCAACUCGUCCUCAUUGGAUUAGAGGAAGACCAAGCUGAAUGCAUUGAGGACUUUCUCCAAGGAAGCCCUAAUUGAAUUUGAGGUGUGGUAGAACUGUUCUUAUUGUAGGAGGACUAAAGUUGUUAAUUGAUUGUUAUAGUAAAUGCGAAGGUCUAGUUAGAUGCUUAUGAACUUCAAGGCUAGAAUAGCUGAUUAGAUCUGGAUGGAAUUUAACUUAUACUAAACGACAUGUAGGUAUUUCGUUAAAAUGAAAAAUAACUAAGUAUGUCUAUCUCUUUACUUUUGGUCUUUAUCUUUUUACAAAAUUUAUCAAAAUCAACACAGCAAUUUAAGUACUAAAGAAUGUUGACAAACACACUAGCCUUCGCAUUUACAAUUAAGUAACAUUUUCUUUAGUCUUCUUAUAAGGUAUCAGACGGUUACUGUUUUCAAAAGACCAUUUGGUCUUCUUGUGUAUUCAAAUUUUAUGUGUCUACUAAAACAGCUUUAUUGGUAUUUUGGUCUACUCACCAAUAGACCUUAAAUUCUUUUGAUAGUAGCGGCGGUUUAUUAAUCUUUUCGUCUACUCAACUAUCAACUAGAAAAUCUUAUUGAUGUAUUCCCAUCGGUCUUUUGGUCUACUGAGUAUAAGACCUUAAGUUCAAAUCAUGAGAAAGUAAUCAUUGAGAUUCUAUCAUCCUAACCAAACAGCACUUACUUGGUAUUUCCGAAAGACCAAUGAGACCGUCUUUUCAAAAUAAUGUUUUUGACUAAAAUACGUAAUGUGAUGUAUACAAUUUUUUCAAAAUCUCGUUGGAGAUUAAAAAUGGAAUUGUGUUAUAAAAAUAAUAAUAGUAUAGAAAAAUGUGCAAAGCAAGUCGAAAAGGGCAAGAAAAGAGAUGGUUUUAAAAAAAUACAUUUUUUUGAGUUUUUAUUAAAACUAUCGUAAGACAUACUAAAUUACUAA